AUGAUUAGCUCCCAUGAUAUUGAAUUAGUUGGACGAGAAAUUGCAUCAGUGUCGUCAACAUUCCCGAGAUGUUUGGUCGUAUAUCCGUUGGGCAAGAAGAAUAAGCAGCGAUUAGGGAUCGGUGAGAGGGAUGGUGUUGUGUCCUCCUUUUCUGUGGGCAAAGGAAACGAGAGGUCGGUGGCUUUUAGUACGCCACCUCGGAGCCAUCCAGUAAGCUGCAUGACGCUGUAUGAUGACCAAGUUUUCUUCGUGCAUGGUAGUAAGUUGGUUGCGUACUCGAGAAAAGGUCGCGAGUUCUUUGCGUUUGAUACAAAUGUGACGGAGACGCCUCAUACUAUCUUUGUGUCCACCCCUUUUAUCAUAAUAUGUGGAAGUUUCAUGGUCACUGGAUUUUGUGAAGCAACGGAGCUUGGCUUUUACAUGGCCCCAGACCACAUAAACGCUAUGGUGGCGUUCAUUGCACCCUCCGCACAGAAGCGAUCUUCUGUUACUUUUAGUGACUAUCGCUGUGUUAUUGGAUGUAGUGACCGUGUCGUUCGUAUGCUGUGUGAUAACAAACUUUUAUCGGAGCUAAGCUGUGAGGCCGCAAUCUCAGCAUUGUGCGUGAGUGAAACGCAGAAUGCAGUAUACUAUGGCACUGAGGCGGGCUCACUGGGUUGUCUGGACUUUUGUAAGAGUAACGUAAUACUAACACGGGUUUUCAGUUAUAUCCCUAGCGACGCACAGCCGUCCGUAACCGCAUUGACGGUGCGUGACAUCAACUCUGACUCGAAGGAGGAGGUGGUUGUUGGUAGGUUAGAUGGCUCAGUGCAAGUCUUUUUAGUUGACAAGGGUGAGGAAAGCGACGAGCUGACACCGGUCUGCAUUUGGUCAGGCUGCGUUGAUGGUCGUGUGCUUACCAUAGAGACUGGUUUCGUGACACAUUCUCAGAUGCUUGACGUGAUUGUUCACUCUUUCAGUGGGAAAAUCACUGCCUUCACAGUUAAGGAGGUGGAGCGUGUUCCGAAAGGAGAAACAGUACCUAUGGAACUAAUCGAGGACUCCGUUGACGAACAAAUUGAGGCUAUGGAGAGGGAGAUUGAGAGGCUCAGAAAAGAGCUAAUGGAUACUACGCAAGAGCUGGCGAGGUGCACGGGUUCAACUGUCGUCAAUGCCCCUGUAUUGGCUGUUUCCUCCACCUUCACUUCGAAGUGUACAAUAUCCCAACAGGCGGAAUCUCCGGCGCUUUUGUUGACGAUCGAGUCCGACACCCCGCUAGACAAUAUCGUCCUGCAUAGUGACGUCGAGUUGCACUUUCUUCAGUCGGUGGGGGUUACAAUGGUUGAACAGGCAGUUGGACCCGAAAAUAAUCCAUGCGGAGUAACCCGGGCUAUUCUUCGACCGCUGCGGGAACACAUGUACGGCUGCUCGGUCAGGUUUUGGUUGGAAGACGGACGGCUGGGUGCCGUAAAACUCACUCUUUUGGCCGCCCCGGCACCCCGGACAGCGCAAGUAAAGACUGUUAUGCUGAGACCACUACCGCUCUUUUCGCGCGUCGGUUGUAGUGAUGUUGCUGACGACAAUGAUCAUGAUAGUGUGGAGGUUACGGACCCUUCGGCUGCUCAAUCCGUGCUGGAGGUGGAGGGUGACUUCACCGCAAGGGACAUGCAUAGCUGGCUGCAGCGGAUGCUCCCAGGGACACCCGAGUUAUAUCGGGCAAAUCAGGCAACACUACACUACGAAAACGUCUUUUUUCACAGCAUCAUCAAAGUAGAGUAUGGUGACAGGCGUGCGGCAUUCUUUACUGGUUCAUUGGUUGCGUUGUCCGCCAUCAAAUGCUUUUUGACGAGCUGCGGAUUGGAGCGGUCCUUAGAGGUGAAGGUUGUCGUGUCCCUCCACGAUAACGCAUUGCAAUGUGAGCUACAACAUAUAGCAACGCGUAUUGCUGCUUGUAAUAAGGUUGUCAGUGAUGUCCAGUUAAUUGAAGCCAUUCGUGAGAUGCAAGGCGACUGCGAAGGGUGCGACAUGAGUUUUCUAUUGGAGGAGCGCAAUCGACUUCUCGCUGAGCCUGAGGUUGUUGGGAAGGAUCGCUCACGGGCCUUGCAGAAUAAGGAGUACUUGCAGCGUUUCCUCCUACGCCUGUAUAACGGUGCAUCAGACAUAAUGCCCCGCCCACCCAAAGCCACAUCCGCUGUAGGAGAGGCGCUAGGGGCGGCCUGCAACUGCGGGGAUGCCACUGCGCUAUUGGCGGAGCUUCGGCGUAUUUUUCGUUGUUAA